AAUAAAUCAAACCCAAGCCAAACAUCCUAUAUAUUAUAGGCUAUAACUUGUUAUUGUACAGAAAAUACAAAAGAAUACCAUUUUUGGCUUGGACUAAAACAAUAUCAAUAAAUAUUAAUGUCUAUUUCAAUAGAUUUAAGUUAUUGAGCGCUAAAUACGAAGCUAACCCCAAAAAUGACAUCGAUCCAGGAACGGCUUCAGCUAAAAAGGGAACCAAUAGACAAAUGGUCAGUAAGGGAACAAUUAUGCCUGGCUUCUGCCGUAGCACGCAGUGGGGACCAAAACUGGAUGUCUGUCAGUCGAGCAUUAAAGCCAUUCGGUGACCCAAACAGACCAGGCGAUUGGUUUCAUCAAAAGAACUGUGCUGCUCAAUAUGGGGCUUUGUUGGGAAAUGUGGAGACUCCCAAGCGCAAGAAAAGAAAUUUGACAGGGGCUGAAGUAGGAAUUGAGACACCUGCUGAGAGUAUAUUAAGGAAACUGUUAAAUGAACGGCAAAAUGAGUUAAAGAAACUAUUAACAGAGGAGAAGGCUGAAUACCAAAAAUUGCAGGAAGAUAUGGCAGUUUUACAAGCAGGUAAAGUAUCUGAAGAACAGUUAGACAAAUGGUGCAGGGAAAUCGACGAAGAAGAAGCGAAAAAAGAACAAGAAUCCAAUGCGCACGCUCAGUGGCUUAAGAGACGCGAACAACGUAAACUUGAAAUCGAGCGAGCAUGGCGACCUCCCAAACCCGCCACACCCGUAAAUGUGAUACAAAAACGUAAAAAUCCUGACUCGCCCGAAGCGAUGGAGAUUGAAGGUAUAGAAGAAAUGCAAUCUCCCGUCAUCCAGCCACAAGAACAAGGAAAACCUGCAUUGUCGCCAUUGUUGACAAGUUUACUGAAAUCGCCGUCUCAGGUGCAGAACGUGCAGACGUCGAUUUUGCAUUCUGCCAUAACGAAUGUUAAUCAGAAGUUGCCCAGUAUUGGAAAUAAUUCUACCAUUGCAAGUUUGCUAAAUUCUUCUACGGGAAUUGCAAAUGUUUCGCCAGGACUACAGCAAUUGGUCAGUAGUGCUAUUGGUCAAGAACAAAAUGUCGACGAUCAAAAUCAACCGAUGGGUAACGAUAUUCUUGACGAUCCCAACUUACCGAGCAUUAAAAUCGACGCUUUGGCUAAUAGCAUCCUAGUACGGGACGGACCGUUACCGGAAAUCAAGAAAGAGGAAGUUGACGACAUAAUAUCUGAGAUUAUCGACACACAUGACAUGGUUACCGAUCCCGAACAACACUUGCAACUCGAUAGAAACGGUGACAUUAACAUUAACUUGGAACUGGAUGACUUUGACGAUGACGACAGCAUAUUAGAUCCACCGGAAAUAGAAAUUCCAAAGGAGGCACAACCCAAAGAAGAAGUUCCACUUCCACAACUGCCACCGCAACCACAAAUCCAACCAACGCCUCAACCCCAACAGCCCCCGCCAAGCGUGGAUCCUUUCGAGUUUCAAGAGGAAGAUCCGAUAAUAUUUGAGCCUACAAAGACCAUGAAACAAAUGAACGAAGCCAAGCAAUAUCAACAGCAACCUGCUCCGCAACCGCAUCUUGUUCCAUCAGAGCUCGUUAAAAUUGCAGAAGAAGAACAACCGCAACCUAAGCAGUCAAAGGUUGUAGAUCCAAUAGCAGAUAAAGAAAUUAAGAAAGAAACUAUUGAAGAAAUGCCUAAAAAAGUGGAAAAGAGCGGAGGCUCGGUGGAAAUCGUAGAGGUUGUUGGGGAAGAUGAACAAUGCGACAAACAACUGAAUAAAUCACAAAUACAAGACAUAGUGCAUUCAACCAAAAUCAAAUCAGAGGAGGCUAAUGUUGUUAAAGAAAAGGAAGAACCUAAAGAAGAACCAGCUAAUCCUGUUGAGAGUUUGGCCGAUAACAAACCAGAAAUAAAAGAGGUUAAACAUGAAGAAAUGCCGAAAGAAACCAAAACGGAUGUUAAACAACCUGAAAUGGAGACAACCAAAAAGGAAGAACUUUCUGAAAUAGAAGAAAAAGAAAAAACCAGUCCACAUAAUGAAUUGGUACCAGAUUUAUACGAAGAUAUUAACAUGGAAGUUAAAAUUGAUAAAACCGGAAGGGCGAAACGGGACUACUCGAGAACCAAAAAGAAGGAAGAAAAAGGCUUUGAUAUGCUGCUGGCAAUCGAAAAAGCUCAAUUGGAAGGAAGCGAUCAGCCCGAAGAAAAUGCUGAUAAGGAAUUACCUGAAGACAAAAAAGAUGUGAAACUAUUAAAACCCAAAGUUGAAAAUGAACGCUCCAAUAGCCCUUGGACCGAGGAGGAUGAUACAAGUGGUAGCAAAGCUAAAAGAAGAUAUUCCACUGCAACUCCAGUGGAUUCAAUACCGAAUUCUCCUGCUUCCAGUGUUACAUUUGAGGAUGAUAAAGACUACAGAAACUGGAAAAAAUCUGUCAUGCUUGUGUAUAAUAGGCUGGCUACUAACAAAUAUGCAUCUUUGUUCUUAAAGCCUAUAACUGAUGAUCAAGCACCAGGUUAUAGUAAUAUGGUUUAUAGGCCCAUGGAUCUGCAGACUAUUAAAAAGAAUAUAGAAAAUGGUCACAUUAGAACUACGCUAGAGUUUAAAAGGGAUAUAAUGCUUAUGUUUACAAAUGCGAUUAUGUAUAAUAAGACUAGCGACACGGUAUACAAUAUGGCAAAACAAAUGCAACAGGAGUCAAUGCAGCCAAUUGAUAUUCUUUUACAGGCUACAUCUCAAGUGGAUGUACCUUUAAGAAGGGAGACAAGGACAAGCGAAUCGGGGACCAAAAGGAAGCGCACCCUGACAGAAGAAACGAUUAAGAAUAAAAAGAGGAAAGAGGAUUAGAAUUACGCUUCUUGAUUGUUUGAAGGAACGUACGAUUUUAAUAUUUUUUUAGAUACAUUUCAACAAUGUAACAUGUAAAUAUAUUUAGAAUAAAAGUUUUA